GAGACAUGGUUUGGUAGAUAUCAAAGUCUGGGGAGCAUGGUUUAGUACAUAAACAAUUACUGAAAUAGUAAAAUUGAAUGAAAUUAGACAAAAGUCCUUAAAUCUAACAAUCUCAAUAGUUUAGGGAGAAUUUUUAACGACCUUAAAAGUUAAAGGGGCAUAAUUUGGUACAUGUCAAAAUUCGGGGAAAAAAAAUCCUAAUUAGCAAUAUAUUUCAUGGAAAAGUGUCCCAUAAUCCAAAGAAAUACUAAAAGGCACUCAUAAUGUUUAGCAAAUUAGCACUAUUAUAAGCUGUACUAUUGUUAUUAGUGUAAUUUAAUAUUUAGUUCCACUUAUUUUAUAAUAAAGAUUAUAGAAAUUCGCUAACUAAUUAAAAUGCACCACUUAAUAGUGAUGUUAGGCAUUUUAGUGCUCCAUAACAAUACUUUAGAACAUAAAAUCAUUGUUAAUAGGCACCAGUGAUAUCUAACACUAUCUAUAGAUGACGUCUUACAAUUGGUUAAUAAUAUUUCUUAAAAGUUAUUGUCUUAACUUAUACAAGACCUGAUACUUAAUUACUCCAAAAAUAGUACAACGUCAGAAGGGGUGCUAGUACACCAACAAUUCCAUUUUACUAUUUCUCAAAGAAAAUUGCUAAAAGGUACUCGUAACACUUUUAUCGUUAUAAUACUGCUAUUAGUGUAAUUAAGUAUCGGGUCUUAUAUAAAUUAAAAAAAAAAUAAAAAAAUAUGGCUAAUGAAUUAUGAGGGGAUACCUAUAAACAAUGCUCUUUCUCAAGACAUAACCCCCUAUCGUUUCUCUUUGGCAUUUCUAAAGACUAACAAUGUCACUAUCCAUUUAGCUUUAGGACAAUAGAAAGUCAAGUCAAGAAGACUACUAAAGGGUUGUACGGACACACAUAUUUAUAUAUUAAACAACUUCUUCGUAUGUAAGUAAUUGCCUUUUUUCCUUGACGUUUCAUUUUCUUUCCCAUGGAAAUAGUACACACUACUAUGCAUAGUCUCCUUUUCCUUUGAGAUAAUACUUUACUUAAAGGAUAAAGAGAAAAUAAGUGAAAAAAAGCUAAGGAGAUAAUAAUGAUGAUGAUGGAAGAUGGGGAAAGUUCAGAUAGGAGGAAGAAAGAGUCUAUUGAACAGUUUACUCAAACUUUGUUCUCUUGGACUCUUGAUGACAUUUCUAAUGAAAAUCUCUACAAAGAUAAGGUGGAAAAGAUUCCUGAAUCAUUUGAAUCGGUUCGGCAUUAUUUGGGAUCUUUUGUCUAUCCUUUGUUGGAAGAAACUCGAGUGCAGUUAUACUCAAGUAUGGACGUGCUGUAUAGAUUACCUUUUGCUGAAGUAGUUGAUUUUCAUGAAACUAAGCCGUAUGGAAAAAGCGUUUAUCAAGUUCAAGUUGAUUACUGGAGGAACAGAUUCAGUGAUAGGAGUAAGGAGCCUUACAAAACUUUGCCUGGAGACAUCAUGAUUUUAGUCAAUGCUAUACCGCAAACUUUUUCUGAUUUAGAGAGGACAGGCAGAUCAUGGUCCUUUUUAUCAGUCUCGUUUAUCACUGAGGAUGAGGAUGAGAACGGGGAUGAUAGUAGCUCUACUUAUUUCAAAGUAAAUGCAUCAAAGGAGUUUGAACUAGAAAUGCAGAUGAAGACAUCAUUGUUCGUUGUUUUCUUGGCGAAUUUGACUACAAACAAAAGAGUUUGGAAAGCUUUGCAUAUGUCAAGAAAUCUGAAGAUGCUUGAUUAUGUUCUAUGUAAUCGUUCUGAGGUAAAGAAAGAUUGUGAUACCUGUUUUGAGGAGAAUUGUUGCAUAUCUGAUGAGAAGUUGGUGAAGAGUCUAUCUUCCAAUAUGAAUGAGUCUCAGACUAGUGCAGUUCUUUCCUGUCUUCACAUGAUGCACUGUGAGAACAGAGAUGCUUUUGAGCUUAUAUGGGGUCCCCCUGGGACAGGGAAGACGAAAACUAAUGCUACUCUUCUUGUUUCCCUAAUGAAGUUGAACUAUAGAACGCUUGUUUGUGCACCAACAAAUGUUGCAAUAACCGAAGUGGCUUCUCGGGUAUUGAAGAUAGUUACAGAAUCUGAAUCCAUGUUCUGUUCAUUAGGAGAUAUUCUUCUGUUUGGCAAUAAGGAGAGACUCAAAGUUGGGUCAGAUAUUGAGGAUAUAUUUUUGGAACAUCGAAUCCAAAGGCUCACAGAGUGUUUAGGACCACUUGGUUGGAACAAUUGCUUCACUUCCAUGAUUAACUUUCUUGAAAAUUGUGUUUCUCAGUACCAUGUUUUCUUGGAAAAUGAAUUGAUAAAAGAACAAGAACAAAGCUCUGAAAGUAAAAUUAAAGAGAAAGGGAGCACAGAGAAGUUAGAAUCAUUUCUUGACUAUGUGAGAAAAAGAUUUGUUUCCAUUGUUGAGCAGUUGAGAAAAUGCAUUUGGAUCUUAUGUACACAUUUACCACAAAGUUACAUUUUGGAUCAAAACUUUCACAACAUGACAAACCUUGCUGAGUUACUUGAUCGUUUUGAAACACUUUUGUUUGAAGAUAGUUUGAUUUCUGAAGACCUAGAAAAGAUAUUUUCUUGUGCUGAAGUAAUUGAUGAUUCUACUGAUUCAUUUGCGAAUAAUUCUUAUUUGCUGUCUGUCAGAAAUGUGUGCCUUUCUAUGUUGAGAACCCUUCAUGGUUCCCUUAAACAACUUACUUUUCCAAAUUUCAUAUCUAAGGAAGCAAUAACAGAGUUCUGUUUUCAAAGAGCUUCAUUGAUAUUUUCCACUGCAUCGAGUUCUUUUAAGCUGCACCAUAUAAAAAUCGAGCCAUUGGACGUUUUGGUCAUUGAUGAAGCUGCACAACUGAAAGAGUGUGAGUCAACUAUACCUCUACAACUUCCUGGUAUAAAGCAUGCGGUUCUUUUUGGUGAUGAAUGGCAGUUACCAGCUACUGUUAACAGCAAAAUUUCGGAGGAAGCUAGUUUUGGAAGAAGUUUGUUUCAGAGGUUGAGCUCCCAAAACCAUUCAAGGCAUCUCCUAAAUAUUCAGUACAGAAUGCAUCCUUCAAUCAGUUCUUUCCCAAAUUCAAAAUUUUAUCAUAACCAGAUUCUGGAUGCACCUAAUGUUACAAGGAAAAGCUAUGAAAAACAUUAUCUUCCAGGAUCAAUGUUCGGUACUUAUUCUUUUAUAAAUGUUAUUGGUGGAAGAGAGGAGAAAGAUGAUGAUGGGCAGAGUCGCAAAAAUAUGGUUGAGGUUGCUCUUGUCAUCAAAAUACUGCAGAAUCUGUACAAAGCAUGGCGUGAGACACGAGGUGAACUUAGUAUUGGUGUGGUGUCUCCCUACUCUGCUCAAGUAGUUGCAAUUCAAGAAAAGGUUGGAAAGAAAUAUGAAAAAAAUGAUGGCUUUCAAGUGAAAGUAAAAACAAUUGAUGGGUUCCAGGGCGGGGAGGAAGACAUCAUAGUAAUUUCAACUGUAAGAUCUAGUAUAGGCCAGUCGUUGGAUUUCAUAUCCAAACCUCAGAGAAUGAAUGUUGCUCUCACUAGAGCUAGGCAUUGCCUGUGGAUACUAGGUAAUGAAAGGACACUUGCUAAUAGUCAAUCUAUUUGGGAGGCACUAGUCAUUGAUGCCAAAAAUCGUCACUGUUUCUAUAAUGCUGAUGACGAAGAGGAUUUAGCCAAGGCUAUAUUAGAUAUCAAGAAAGAGCUUGAUCAAUUUGAUGAUCUUCUUAACGCUGAUAGUAUGUUUUUCAGAAAUUCUAAGUGGAAGGUUCUUUUCAGUGAUAACUUUUUGAAGUCAUUUAAAAAGCUGACAUCAAUCCGGAGAAAAAAGUCAAUUUUAAACCUUCUUCUUAAGCUAUCUGGUGGGUGGAGGCCCAAGAGACCGCUUGUAGAAUCAGGAAGUAGAAGUUCUUUGGAGAUAAUGAGAUUUAAGGUUGAAGGCCUGAUAGUUAUCAGCACUGUGGACAUCACAAAGAAUUUGAACUACGUGCAAGUAUUAAAGAUAUGGGAUGUCUUGCAUCCAGAUGACGUACCAAAACUGAUAAAACGCCUUGACAAUAUUUUUGGCAACUAUACAGAAGAUUUUGUCAACCUCUGCAACAAUAAGUCUUUUGAUGGCAAUUUGGAAAUUCCUAAGACUUGGCCUCCCUCUUUGGAUUUUGUUCGGCAUAAGGAUCUCUCCAACAACGAAUCUGAGAGUGAAUUAAUUGGUUCCUCGUCUGAUGGAAGAAGCUAUGUGGAAAAUUCGAAGGUCAGCGAGAGUUUGCUGCUGAUGAAAUUCUACUCCUUGUCUCAUGGUAUCGUAAACCACUUGCUAUCUGACCGCGAUGGUAGGGAAAUUGAUCUUCCAUAUGAAGUAACAGAUGAACAAAUGGAGGCUGUCCUGAUUAAUGAAAGUAGCUUUAUACUUGGACGGUCGGGGACUGGAAAAACUACUGUUUUGACCACGAAGCUAUUCCAAAGAGAGAAAUUGCACCACUUUGCGAUGGAUGAGUUCUAUGGAGUGAACAGUGGUGUUGUUGACCAUGUUAGUCAAAAUAGUAUGGAACCUGAUCAGCAGGUGGAGAAGAGGAAUAAAAUUUUACGUCAGCUUUUUGUUACAGUUAGUCCUAAGCUGUGCAAUGCCGUUAAGCAACAAGUUUCUGACUUGAAAAGGUUUGCUUGUGGUGGUAGCAAUCUAGAUGAAAGUAGUUUGAUUGAUAUUGAUGAUAUAGAUGAUGAAGCACAGUUCAAAAACAUCCCAGACUCUUUUUAUGACAUUCCUGCUACUUGCUACCCUUUGGUCAUUACAUUCCACAAGUUCUUAAUGAUGCUAGAUGGAACAUUGAGUAAAUCUUAUUUUGAAAGAUUCCUUAAUGGGGAAGAUCUUUCUUAUGAUCAAGGUAGAAAUUCAAGAUCAGUGUUGCUUCAGACAUUGAUAAGGAAGAAGGAAGUCAACUACGAGAAGUUUAGUGCUUUAUAUUGGCAUCAUUUUAGUGACAAGUUAAGGAAGAAGCUUGAUCCUUCUCGAGUCUUCACAGAGAUAAUUUCUCAUAUCAAAGGUGGUCUGCAAUCCAUUGAAGCAAGUGACAGUAAGCUAAGCCGUGAAGAUUAUCUGAAAUUGUCAGAGGGACGUUGCUCCAAUCUCAGUCUGGAAAAGAGAGAGAGAAUAUAUGAUAUAUUUCAGAUAUAUGAAAAGAUGAAAAUGGGAAAUGGUGAAUUCGAUCUUGCUGAUUUUGUUAAUGAUCUUCAUUCUCGACUCAAGCAUGAAAGAUACAAGGCUGAUCAAAUGGAUUUUGUUUAUAUUGAUGAGGUGCAAGAUCUCACAAUGAGUCAAAUUGUUUUAUUUAAGCAUAUAUGUGGAAAUGUUGAAGAGGGAUUUGUUUUUUCUGGUGACACUGCACAGACCAUUGCCAGGGGAGUUGAUUUUAGGUUCCAAGAUAUACGCCAUCUGUUUUACAAGAAAUUUGUAUUGGAACCCAAAAUUGAACAUGGAGAGAGAAAAGAGAAAGGAUUGAUAUCUGAUAUUUUCCACUUGUCACAAAACUUCCGUACUCAUGCUGGUAUUCUGAAACUGUCACAAAGCAUUAUUGAACUUAUUUAUCAUUUCUUUCCCCAUUCUAUUGAUCCUUUAAAACCAGAAACCAGUUUGAUAUAUGGGGAAUCUCCAUUGCUGCUUCAAUGUGGGAAUGAUGAAAAUGCAAUCAUGAAGAUUUUUGGGAACAGCGGCAAGGCAAGUGGAAAGAUUGUUGGCUUCGGUGCAGAGCAAGUUAUUCUAGUAAGAGAUGACGACGCUCGAAAGGAAAUUGCUGGUUAUGUUGGGAAGCAAGCUCUUCUACUUACUGUAUUGGAGUGUAAGGGACUUGAGUUUCAGGAUGUAUUACUGUACAACUUUUUUGGCUCCUCAACUCUAAAGAAUCAGUGGCGGGUCAUAUAUGAAUACAUGAAAGAACUAGAAUUGUUUGACACAACCAUACCUAACUUCCCAAAAUUUUCCGAGUCCAAACAUAAUAUUAUAUGCUCUGAACUCAAGCAAUUAUAUGUUGCUGUCACACGUACGAGGCAAAGGUUGUGGAUAUGUGAAAGCUCGGAUGUUGCUGAACCUAUCUUUGACUAUUGGAGGAAGAAGUGUCUUGUGCAAUCUAAACCACUUGAUGAUUCGCUUGCUCAGGCCAUGCAAGUUGCAAGCAGUCCUGAAGAAUGGAGAUCAAGGGGCAUUAAGCUCUUUCAUGAACACAACUAUGAAAUGGCCACAAUGUGCUUUGAAAGAGCUGGUGAUACAUAUUGGGAAAGAUUGUCUAAAGCUGCUGGACUCAAGGCUAUGGCUGAUCGUAUGCGCAAUACAAAACCUGAUGAAGCUAAUUCCAUCCUCAGGGAAGCUGCUGAAAUAUUUGAAGCUAUUGGCAAGUCUGAUUUCGCGGCCAGAUGUUUCUCUGAUCUUGGAGAGUAUGAAAAAGCAGGUCGUAUUUAUUUGGAAAAGUGUGGCGAGCUUCGGAAAGCUGCAGAAUGCUUUUCUCUGGCAGGGUGUCAUGAGCGUGCUGCUAAUGUUUUUGCUAAAGGGAAUUUUUUCUCAGAAUGUCUUACUGCUUGCUCCAAAGGAAGAUUAUUUGAGAUGGGUUUGGAGUACAUUAAAUUUUGGAAACAACAUACAACAAAUGAGUGCAGUACUUCAGAGAGAAGUGAUGAAAUAAACAAAAUUGAACAGAUGUUUUUAGAGAGAUGUGCUUUACAUUAUUUUGAGAUCAAAGAUAAGAGGUCCAUGAUGAAAUUUGUUAAAGAGUUUAAUUCCAUGGAUUCAAUUCGGAACUUCUUGACUUCAAGUAAAUUGUGCUGCUUUGAUGAACUUUUGUUGUUGGAAGAAGAAAGGGAAAAUUUCAUGGAAGCUGCAAAUAUCGCUAAGCUAAUAGGUGAUACAUUACGCAGGGUGGAUUUGCUGAAAAAAGCCGGAAACUUUAAAGAGUCGGCCAAUCUUAUGCUUUUUUAUGUGCUUGCCAACUCCCUCUGGUCACCAGGUAACAAGGGCUGGCCCUUAAAGCAGUUCAAAGGAAAGGGUGAUCUCUUAACAAAAGCCAAAACAUUUGCAAAGAAUGAUACAGAAAGCUUCUAUGAGAUUGUUUGCACUGAGGCUGACAUCAUUGCAAAUGAACAGAGUGAAUUGAUAACAGUCAUGGAUCAGAUGAUUACUUCUCAGAGGCACAAGAGUGUUAGUGGUGAGAUUCUAUCUGCUAGAAAAAUUCUUGACAUGCACCUUUCCUUUAAACCCACCAAGUACUACUGGGAAGAGGAAUUGGUGCCUGAUGUUAUGCAGCAUUCAGAAGACUUGAUUUCUAAAAACAAGGUAUCAAUAGAAUCACUGGUUCACUUUUGGAAUUUUUGGAAAGACAAGAUUGUUGGCAUUUUCGAAUUCCUUAGAUGUCUUGAGACCCAAGAAGUUAAUGAGUUUAGAAAUUAUGGAGAGUUCUGUUUGAAUUUCUUAGGUGUUUGGAGGGAGUUUGAUAAUUUGAAACCGGUAUAUUUUUUUCUUAACCCUGAGGCCGAUUGGGCAAGAAAUGUGGCUAAAAGACCAAACAGUGGAAAGUUGGUAUCCAUUGAUUUACACCAGUUUGUUUCUGCUGCUCAGAGAUAUUGGUGUUCUGAGAUUCUUUCUGUUGGUGUCAAGGUUUUGGACAGACUCCAAGCUCUUUGUAACUUUACAAUCGAGAAUUGUGAUGUAACUUUCUGCAAAAGCAGGACCCUUACUCUAAUUUACGAGGUUGGAACAUUUCUUCUGGAUGCGAAAAUUCUGAAGCUGGGUCAUCACGAGUCUGAGAAUCUGUUGAAGUGCAUUAGAUUUUCUACUGAAAGCAUGGUUCGUUACAUUUUCCCUGAAUGGCCAAAACCAUCGAGCAAAAACAUAGUUUUACUCAGAAGAACAGACACUACUAAGAGUAUGUUGAAUAGAGAAGCUGACAGUCUAAGUAAUAAACCCACCCACGGACAAGUUGGAAGAAUUGCCAUGAUUAUUUUUGGAUCUGGGAAGGUGAAUAAAGAACUCUGUAAGAAGAUUUUAACAAUAUUGAACCGCGAUGAAAUGUGGAAACCAUGGAAGGUAUUCUUUGAAGUUCUAGGCAAUGUUAGGGGAUCAGAUUUUCCAGACAACCCUGUAUCUCCCAACAAUGGAGAAAAAUCAACACAAGAUCGCCCUGCGAACGCAUCUGAGAUAGGAGUUUGGGAGAUGUGUCUUGUUUGUAGGUUCAAAGAAGCUUUAGAAAGUACUUACAAUACCAAUUGGAGGAUAGCUGACUACAUAUCUCCCAAUUGUUUCUUGUAUCUCCUUGAGUACCUUCUGAUUUGGUUGUCUUCCUCCAAUGGAUAUUUUUUAUCCGCUAAAUCUAUGUUUGUUGAAUUUCUUAUGUUCUAUGAGAAGUUUGCCAGCCUCAUUCAAUCGUCUUCUUAUAAAGUCAAUCCGAAACCCAUACUUGCAUUCUUAUACAAUGUAGUGCAAGGAUUGCUCAACAAUAAGAUGGAUACACUUCAGUGGAUACGAAAUUUCACCACAGCAGCGAUGGAGCACUACUCUGUGCUUGUUACUAGACUUGUUGUGCUGACAUGUUUGAUCUGUGUCAACUUUGGCUGGGGUAUUGAUUUACUUGUCAAUUUGUUGAAGAAUUACCUCAUAACUGAACAUCUACCACCCUCAUUUCGUGCUGCCCUCAAGCGAGUAAAGAGAAACCACAGCCAAAUUACUUUCAAUGUGAAUUUGAUCGCUGAAGCUCUUAAGAACAUCAACAAUCCUAUGGUGAUCGUGAAUUUACAAGGACAUUGCCCGUUCAAAUCAUGUCCAGAUGCUAUGUAUGUAAGUAUGAGUUCCAAUCCCUCCAAUAAUGAAAUAUUAAGAAUGUUGUUUCCGGAUAAAGUUGAGGUUUCAAUGAGCUCGGUUGGAGUUGGAUCUGAUGGUAAGGAUGAGGUGCUGUCGUCGUCCAAGCCUUGUCAAGCUAGUAUUGCUUCAGCACCAAGUAGCAGUCAAGAUUCUGAGAGCGAAAACAAGGAAAGUAACAAGUCCAAGUCUUCCGAGGAUGAGGUGCUGUCGUUGUCAAAGGCUUCUGAGGACGAGGCUCUGUCAUCCAAGGCUUCUCAAGCUACUAUUGCUGCAACAGAAGUAGAAGUACCACCGGCACCAGCAGCUACUGAAGCAGCACCAAGUAGCAGUAAAAAUGUGGAAAGCAAAAAACAGGGAGGUAACAAGUCCAAGAGAAACAAGAAGAAACCAAAAGGAAAGAAGAAAUAGGCUAAGUAAGUAUCCAAUGCACUUGUAGUUCCAAAUUCUUAUGAUGAAGCUCUAUUGUACUACAUACCUUAUUGUCAAUACUGUUGUGGAACAUUUUUUCUUUUGUUAGAAGUUGUGUUCUAAAGUCUCUUGUUAUC